UGGCAAUGUUGAACACCAUACUCUGCUGAGUCUCUUCACUAAUCUUGUUUGCAACGAACAUCAUGCUUUCCCGCUACAAGGAGUGGGUAAAGCGGCAUCCCGGCAUAGUCCAAAACCUCGACUGGCUCCUCCUAUUGUCUGUAUGGAACCCCGGACGCACAAGUGGUGGCUAUGAGUUUACAUACGAAGCUUACCAUGCAGCUGUGGGGCUGCUUUCGCUCUGGCACCAGAGCAUUCUCGAGGAAGAGGAGCUGCCAACGUCACGGCCGUCACCAUACCUCUGGCUCGAUGCUCUUGAGCAUGUUGAGACACUCAUCGAGUUGCGCGGGAUGCACCUGGAGCAGGGCGGCAGGAUGAGCCGCUACAGCCCCCUCAUGGUGGUCGAGGUCGCCAGGGCGUGCCUCAAGAUGUCCGCCUGGUCUCGCUACUCGGGCCACGUGUUCCUGCGGCGGCCCGCUCCGGAGGACCUGCACCAGUUUGAAAGCGAGCUGGGGUUCCAGGACAUCCUGGCUUCCCUGGAGCGGCUGCGGAUGAGGUACAUCAGCUGCUGCCCCUCCGUCGUCACGGAAGGGGAGGAGGGCGCGACCGCUUUCGCCGCUGCAACAGCCGCACCGCUACCCCCCAGCGCUCAGCAGCAGCAGCAAGGGCAGGAGCGAGGACAGCAGCAGCAAGGGCAUGAGGAGCGUAGCGGCGCUCUUUGUGGAGGCGCCGGUAGCAGUGGCAGUGGCGGCAGCGGCGGGGGCAGCUGUGAGAUCACGGCAGAAGACGUGGCAGGGCAGCAGGGGCAUGCAUGCGGCGCUCAGAGGCCGAAUGGUACUGGUAGCGGCGGUGGCUGCUGCGUUGGCAGCGGGGCAGCGGCGGCGGCGGCGGCCUCCCUGCCACGUGUGUACGGAGUACGGCAAUACGUGGACGAGCAACUGGGAUGGGCGGCGCGGGUGCUAUUGCCUGGCAGAGGGCGAGUGGAGGGAUGUACGGCAUGCGGAGGUGCAGGAGGGCAGGGAGACAGCAGCAGCCAGGGUCAUGGAGCGGAGGUCUCGGGCACCUUCUCCUCACCAUCAUGUGAUGAGCGGGCUAUGUCUGGUGCUGAUUGCAGCACCUCUCCCGCUUGCACGACAGCAGCAGCAGCCCGUUGUGGCUACAGGGGCGACCCAUGGGUCAACGGCACCCGCUGGAACCUCUCAUCUCCGAACGGCCGGCUUUGCCAUAACCUGCAGGCGAACGCCUCUUCCUGCCUUAGCAGCGGCACAAGCGGCAAGCAGCGACAACAGGCAGCCCUGCACCUGCUGGCAGCAGCAGCAGCAGCACCCGGCCAGCAACCCCCGACUGGGGCGCAGCAGGCGCGAGAGGACCCCGACCUGCACAUGGGUCGCAACCUGCUGUGGCUCGCUGAGCUGCUGCACAUCUGGCGCCCGGUGGUGUACGUCAGCUUGUUGCGGCGGUACGGCAGGCGGUCCUGGCGGCCCUGGCUGGGCAGCCUGGCUGUGGACCUGCUGUCGGGGCACUUCCACCGGCGGGGGCGGCAGCACCUGGAGC